GGCGCGGGGCUGAGCCUGGGCAGGCGGGCCGGAGGGGAGUUCCGGGUCUGGAGCCCGAGCCGGCGGGCGGCUGCGACGCGGCAGGGGUGAGGGGGGAGGAGGAGGAGGAGGAGGGGAGAGCCGCGGCGGCGGCGGCGGCGGCUGCGCCGGGCUGCGAGCGUGUGGCUGCCGGAGGAAGAUGAGGCUGAAGAUCGGCUUCAUCCUGCGCAGUCUGCUGCUGCUGGGGAGCUUCCUGGGGCUGGUGGUGCUCUGGUCGUCCCUAUCCCCGAGGCUGGACGAACCCAGCUCGCUGAGCAGGAUGCGGGAAAACAGAGAUGGCAGUGACCUCAUGGCUAACCGAGGAGGCAAUGGACUAGCUCCCGGGGAGGACAGAUUCAAACCUGUGAUACCAUGGCCUCAUGUGGAGGGCGUGGAAGUGGACUUAGAGUCUAUUAGAAGGAAAAACAAGGCCAGAAAUGACCAGGAACGCCGUGCGGGAGGGGACCCCCAGAAGGACGCCAUGCAGAGGCGCUACCUCACCUUCAAGCCUCAGACCUUCACCUACCAAGACCCCGUUCUGCACCCUGGGGUCCUCGGGAACUUUGAACCCAAAGAACCCGAGCCUCACGGAGUGGUUGGUGGCCCUGGAGAGAAAGCCAAGCCGGUAGUUUUGGGACCAGAACUUAAACAGGCAGCUCAAGCCAGCAUUAAAGAGUUUGGAUUUAACAUGGUGGCAAGUGACAUGAUCUCGCUGGACCGCAGCAUCAAUGACUUACGUCAGGAAGAAUGCAAGUAUUGGCAUUAUGAUGAGAACCUGCUCACUGCAAGCGUUAUUGUGGUCUUCCAUAAUGAAGGAUGGUCAACCCUCAUGAGAACAGUCCACAGUGUAAUUAAAAGGACUCCCAGGAAAUAUUUAGCAGAAAUUGUGUUAAUUGAUGAUUUCAGUAAUAAAGAACACUUAAAAGAGAAACUGGAUGAAUAUAUUAAGCUGUGGAAUGGUCUCGUAAAGGUAUUUCGAAAUGAGAGAAGAGAAGGUUUAAUUCAAGCUCGGAGUAUUGGUGCUCAAAAGGCUAAACUGGGACAGGUUUUGAUAUACCUUGAUGCCCACUGUGAGGUGGCAGUUAACUGGUAUGCACCACUUGUAGCUCCCAUAUCUAAGGACAGAACUACAUGUACUGUGCCUCUAAUAGAUUACAUAGAUGGGAAUGAUUAUUCCAUUGAACCACAGCAAGGUGGGGAUGAAGAUGGUUUUGCCAGAGGGGCCUGGGACUGGAGUUUGCUAUGGAAACGUAUCCCUCUAAGCCACAAGGAAAAGGCCAAACGAAAACAUAAAACCGAGCCCUAUCGGUCCCCAGCCAUGGCAGGGGGAUUGUUUGCUAUUGAACGAGAGUUCUUCUUUGAACUGGGUCUCUAUGACCCAGGUCUCCAGAUCUGGGGCGGUGAGAACUUCGAGAUCUCAUACAAGAUCUGGCAGUGUGGUGGCAAGUUAUUGUUUGUGCCUUGUUCUCGUGUGGGACACAUCUAUCGUCUUGAGGGCUGGCAAGGAAAUCCUCCACCCGUUUCUGUUGGCUCUUCUCCAACUCUAAAGAAUUAUGUUAGAGUUGUGGAGGUUUGGUGGGAUGAAUACAAAGAUUACUUCUAUGCUAGCCGUCCUGAAUCAAAGGCAUUACCAUACGGUGAUAUAUCGGAGCUGAAAAAAUUCCGAGAAGAUCACAACUGCAAAAGUUUCAAGUGGUUCAUGGAAGAAAUAGCUUAUGAUAUCCCCUCACACUACCCUUUGCCACCCAAAAAUAUUGACUGGGGAGAAAUCAGAGGCUUUGAAACGGCUUACUGCAUUGAUAGCAUGGGAAAAACCAACGGAGGUUUUGUUGAACUGGGACCCUGCCACAGGAUGGGAGGGAAUCAGCUUUUCAGAAUCAAUGAAGCAAAUCAGCUCAUGCAGUAUGACCAGUGUUUGACAAAGGGGCCUGAUGGAUCAAAAAUUAUGAUUACACACUGUAGUCUGAAUGGGUUUAAAGAAUGGCAGUACUUCAAGAACCUGCACAGGUUUACCCACAUUCCUUCAGGAAAGUGUUUAGAUCGCUCAGAGGUCCUGCAUCAGGUAUUCCUCUCUAAUUGCGACUCCAGUAAAAUGACUCAGAAGUGGGAAAUGAAUAACAUUCACAGUGUUUAGGAAAGAAUAGAAGAAACUAAUAACCUACCUACUGAAAAGAUUUACACAGGACCGAAAAUCUCCUGAAACCUGCUGCACCUGUUACUAACUCAGCACAGCUCCACACCAGGAACCUCCUUGAUCAGUCUGCAGGACAUUGAUAAACUGUGAUUUUUACAAUAACAUUAUCAUCCGCAGUUCCUGUUUACAAAACUGCUUUUACCUUAAACUUCGUAGAUGUUUACAUCUUUUCUGUUUUGUUUUUUGAUGUUGGUUAUUUGUGCCUUUAGCUCUGUUUUGUUAGGAUAGAGUUGAAAGCACAUUGUCUUCUUUGGGAUUACACUCAGGGGUCUGAAAGGCAGUUUUUUUUUUAAACACACUUGAAGAAAAGGUUGGGGUGACCAGACUUUCACAUAUGACUUGGUGAUUAUCAACCUGUUGUGUCUUUAUUUUGUCUUAACAUCUUUUUGAAGCACUGCCACAGGUUUUAAGCCAAGGUGGCCUUCCUUCACAGUCAUGCUGCUUUUUUGAAAGGUGAAUUUCAACACAUUUAGUGCCUCUCUCAUUUCUCAGUACGUAUUUCAAGAGCUAUUGAUGAAAUUUGUAGGAUGGUAACGAUGGAAUUGUCACUUGCAUGGGGAAUACUUUUACUGCUCAGAAAUGAAUUAAUUUAGUGCUGCCCUUUGCUAUAUGAAACUGAAUGUUAUUUAAAGAAGAGAUGAUACUAUGGAACAUCCCAAGGUUAUUCCAUAGAGUUUGAAGUUGUGGGGCAUUAGGGAUUCCCAGCACCCUCUGUCCGUACCAACACCUAGGAUUGCAAAGGAGUCUUCUAACUAGAGAAAAAUUGUCCACUGACAUUUGGGAUUUACUUUUCUUCAGUACCUAUAACUAUAGAAAACUACAAAUAAUUUUCAAGUUUGACACUUGAAAGGGGGGAGUAACAUAAACAAGGAACGCCAUUAUAAACACGUCAAAGGUUCAUUCUGACUGAAGAAUUUCUAAGCCCUUGUUAGAUAAGCCUUAUGAAAUUCCUGUGCAUUAUAACCCAAGCUGUGCAACCUAUGAAGCCAAGAGUGAAAUGAUGUUUCAUUUUUAUCUUCAUCCAAGUGAAAUUCCCUGCAUGUUUUUAAAAUUUAAAUAGAGGCUAUUUAAGAAUACAGUUCAUUAACAAAUGUGAGAUGCUUAGAUUGGGUGUUAGUUCCCUAGCAUUUUCUUCAUUUCUUUUUAGGAAGCAUAUUUUUAUUAGUACUUUUCCAGCGAAAAGAUUAGACCAUACCUACUAUAGGAAAACCUAAUACUGCAAAUGACCAAUUCAAUUUUAAUUUCUAAAUAAAUAAUUUAUCAACUCAAAGACUAAAAUGCCUAAAUCCAGUGCUUAAUACAACAAUGUAAUGAGGUGGGGAAUGGCUAAAUUAAGCAUUUUUAAUCCUGCAAUCAUGAUGUCAUUACAACUACUGCCAGAGGGAAAUCUAUUUUUUUUAUGUGAGGGAAAUCUUUAUAAUUAAAUCUUGAAAAGAAAAAACCUACAUUUGUUAAAAGAAAAGCCUACAAAUUUGUUUCUUUCAAGCUUAGCUCUUAAAUUUGCAAAGUUAAAAUAUCCUCAACAGAAAUUUUAUUUAUAAUUUUGAAUUGUCAAUUGCUACUGAUCUGUGAUCAACCAUUUUAACUUUCAUCUCAGAGGAUGUUUAAAAGGAAUACAUUUAUAUGCUUAUAUAAUUGCAAAAUAAAUCAACUAUAAAAAAGAAACUGAGAACUGAUACUUGUGUUUGCAAAUAGGCUCCAUUUUAAUGUUGAAUAGAUUAUAACCUUGUUAACUAUGCAUAGGCCUAAGGUGGCAAUUAACUGUGCAUGUAUAUUUUAAAUGGGUAUUUUGUGCAAUUCAUUAAAAGAUACUCUAUGAUUAUAUAUAUUGAAAUCAGAAACCUUACCAAACAAAAAACAUCAGAAGCUGCUGCCAUAAUGACUAUUUUCUACCAUAGUCUGCUUUGGAAAUAAUACAUAUCCUUGCUUUGUAAGUUGAUAAUAUCACUAUGCAUUUCUACACAUUUUAUACAUUUGAUUUAUGCAAUUUUUGAUACACUGUAUGUUUCUGUAGAAAUUGUAUAAAUAUUCAGAAUUUUAUUAGGGUAAAUUUGAGAAGCCUAUGUAUAUCUUAAUUCUGGGUUGCUUGUUUUUUAGGUGAGAAAAAAUAAAAUGCUGUAUUUUAAU